AUGGCCAGGAACCAGGAGUCGAGAAACAAGGACCAGGAAUCACCAUAUACCAGGAACCGAGAAACAAGGGCCAGGAACCAGGAGUCGAGAAACAAGGACCAGGAAAAACUAGGGACCAGGAACCGAGAAACAAGGGAACGAAGAACCAGGGCCAGGAACCAGGAGUCGAGAAACCAAGGACCAGGAAUCACAAAGGACAGGAACAAGGAGCCGAGAAACAAGGAACCAGGAAUCACCAGGGACCAGGAACCGAGAAACAAGGGCCAGGAACCAGGAGUCGAGAAAAAAGGACCAAGAAUCACAAGGGACCAGGAACCAGGAAAAGAGAAACAAGGACCAGGAAUGACCAGGGACCAGGAACCGAGAAACAAGGGCCAGGAAGCAGGAGAUGAUAAACAAGAACCAGGAAUAACCUGGGACAAGGAACCGAGAAACAAGGGCCAGGAACCACGAGUCGAGAAAAAAGGACCAGGAAUCACCAGGGACCAGGAACCAGGAAUAGAGAAACAAGGACCAGGAAUGACCAGGGGCCAGGAACCGGGAAACAAGGGCCAGGAACCAGGAGUCGAGAAACAAGGUUCAGGAAUCACCAGGGACCAGGAACCAGGAGCCGAGAAACAAGGACCAGGAAUCACCAGGGACCUGGAAACAGAAGCCGGGAAACAAGGACCAGGAAUCACCAGGGACCAGGAACCGAGAAACAAGGGCCAGGAACCAGGAGUCGAGAAACAAGGACCAGGAAUCACCAGGGACCAAGAACCGAGAAACAAGGGCCAGGAACCAGGAAUCAAACCAGGGACCAGGUCACCAGGGACCAGGAACCCGAGAAACUUGGGCCAAAGGCCAGGAGUCGAGAAACCAAGGAACCCAGGGUUAAUCAACCAGGGACCAGGACAGAGAACAAGGGCCACGAAAACCAGGAGGUCCAAGGAAACCAGGAACAGGAACCAAGGGAGGCCAAAGGGCCAGAAACCAGAGGUCCGAGAAACAAGGGACCGAGUGAAUCACCAGGGAACCCAGGAACAGAGGAAACAAGGACCAGGAACAUGA